GCUGACUCCUCCGCCGGAGCUUCCCAUCGACGCUGCCCCGCUAAAAAAUAUCUUGCGCCGUCGCAACUCCCUCGCCAACCUCGUGCCUAGCAUCUUUUCGCACUUCACCUCUUCACACAACACAACCCGACCUUCCCUUCUUCCCCCCCCCCGCUCUCCCUCUCCCUUCUUCAUCCCUACCAUCGCGCACGCCAAGCUUCAUCGAUAUCUACUGCAACUUCGAGUUGCCAGAACACAGCUCUUCUCUCUCCUCACCGUCCUGUUUUGAAGCUGCCGGCAGUUGCCCGUGCUCGUAGCCUCGUCUAGUCACCACCAUGAGUGACCAGGACAGCAAGCCCGAGUCCGGCGUUGAGACGUCAGCCGAGACCCCCGCUCCUGCCCAGACCCAGAAUCUAGAGAAUCCCGAUGUUCAGACCGAGAGCGAUCUCAAAAACGAGGACAGCAACCCUCCGGAUGCUCGCGCGGCCGAGGACCAGAAAGCGUCCGACGCACCCACCGUUGACAAGGACGACGCUAAGGAUAGCUCUAAGGACAGCUCCAAAGACGAAACCAAAGAUAAUCCCAAGGAUAAUUCCAAGGAUAAUUCCAAGGAUGAUGCCAAGGAUGAUGCCAAAGACGAGACCAAGCCAGAUGCCAAGAAGGACAUCCCUUCGAUUGACAAACCCCCUCAGGGAAUGCUGAGGGUCAAUCGUAGGGGCCAUGAGGCCCGGCAGAAGUCGAAUGCCUCUGUCCUUCCCGAGUCCGACGACCCCGAUGCGAUUCGCAAGCAGGUCGAAUUUUACUUUGGCGAUAGCAAUCUCCCGGAUGACAAGUUCCUCUGGGGGAAGGUCGAAGGGACUCAGAAUAAGCCCGUGCCCAUCUCUCUGAUCUGCGAGUUCUCUCGAAUGCGCCGAUUCAAACCCUACGCAGCCGUCGUCGAUGCCCUCAAGGCCAGCAAGCUCCUAGUUGUAGAGGGUGCCGAGGGCGAGGAGACGAUUCGCCGUAAAUUUGCCUAUAAACCCGCCGAAGAUAAGCGGACCCAGAUCGACGAGCGAAGCACCUAUACCAAAGGGUUCGGCGAGGAGCAGGCUUCGACUCAGUUCGAUAUCGAGGCCUUUUUCGCCCAGUAUGGACAGUUCAAUUCGGUUCGGCUUCGGCGUGUGGACGUGCCCGAGAAGACCUUCAAGGGCUCUGUAUUUGUCGAGUGGGCUGACAAGGAAACUGCCGAGAAAUUCAUGGCUCUGGACCCCAAGCCUACGUGGAACGGCCAUCCGCUGUUGAUUAUGUGGAAGCGCGACUAUACGAAACAGAAGACUGAAGCUAUCCGCGAGGGCAAGAUUAACAUGAGCGGCAAUUGGAACAACUACGGGCGCUCCAACCGCGGCAAUAGGGGCGGCAGGCCUGGUAGAGGACGAGGUCACCACAACGGUCUUGACGUCGACGACUGGAAGAAGCGGCGUGAGGAGGACCAGCGUACGGGCUUCAACAACCGCCGUGGCAGCCGGGACCAGCACGGCCGAGGUCGGGGCCGGGGCCGCGGUCGAGGUAACUCUCGUGGUCAGGAUAAAGAUCGUGCCGAAAAUGGGAGUGGAAGCGCCGCCAAGGAGGAGCAGGGGACAGAUUCCCGCGACGUCGGACCUCCAAAGAUCCAUGUUAGCAAGCAGGGACGGAAGAUCACGAAGGAGAAGGAAGGCGACGCAAGCCCCGAGGUCCAAACCAACGGGAAGCGUGCUAGAGAGGAGGAUACUGCCUCCGAGGCCCCGCCUGCUAAGAAAGUCGACAGCAAGGACGUUGCCGAAGCUGCGUGAAGCUUGUGAAGCAGGUUCGUGUUCAACAUACAGUUUCUUCUACCCCCCAGGCACCCCCUCUCGAUUUCGCGGGUUGGGCCUGUUGUUGAGCGGUUCUUAAUGGCAUUGGCCGGUGGUCACGUUGACAUCCACCGGGUAAGGCGUUCGUAGACACCCAUGGAAAGGUGCCGGACAGAUGUGUUUAGUGUAAUCAGAGACUGGUACGGGUUUCCGGAGUUUGCGUGUUAUAUUGCUCCCGCUUCUCGGGCGAUUGAUACGAUGCUGGGAUGUAGGCUAUAUCGAUUACUUGCCAGUAAUACUAGACAACUAAAUACCAGCUACUGACAGAG